CGCGCUGCUGCUCGGUCCGGAAGGCGCCGCUGGUGGCACGCCGCUGCGCCAGAACCCGCGGAGUGGUGCAUUUAGCUGACGGCAGAGGAGCGGGAGGAGUCCUCCUCCUCCUGCUCCUCCUCAGAGGGAGCCGAGGCGCCGGCAAGAGGGGAGAGCGGGGCGCGGGAUGUCCAGGAGUGAGGCGCUCCCUCCUGAGGAGAAGAUUCUCCUCAAGAGAAGAUUCGAGCCCUCUAAGUGGGAAGUGGGGGGAUAAAGGGGUCUUCUUCCCCCUCCUCCUCCACCACUCCUUCAGCGCUGAACGAAACGGGACCUGUCUUGUGGGGAGCCAACGAAGGAAACCGCUUCUCUCAGAAAGGAAGAAGCCGCUUCUCCAACAAAGGCGCCCCGCGGCAGGCGGCAAAACACCCUGUGAGGAGCAAAAAGGCGGGAUAAGCGGACGAGCGCUCGAGAAGCCCCUUUCGUGAGAGGGAAUCGCCUGAGGUGUAUAGAGAGAGCUGGGGGCAGGCGCACGCGCGUGCGCAAUCGGGGUUGUGCCACCGAGUGGCCUCUUGGCCGGCCAACUGAGGAGAAAGCAGCCCGGCCGCUCGGGCGCGGGAAGGGGGAGACGAGCGCGCACGUGGCCACGGAGGAAGGCGAGUGGGUUGGGCGAGCCCGCCCGCCUUCCGCGCCUGCUGCGCGCGCGGCGUCCGGAGGCACUCUCGGAGCGGCGGGCGCCGCCGUCCCUUCCCGCUCUGCGCGCGGCUCGCUGAGGUAAAGCGCCUCAGCCAUGGCCCUCAAGGACGGCGGCGGAGGGGUGAGCGGCGGCGGCGCCACCAUCCUGCCCAUCAGCGACAUGGUGUCGUCGUGCUCCUCUCCGUCGGCGCCGGGGUCGGUGGGCGCCUUCCCUGAGGUGGUGGAGCUGAACGUGGGCGGGCAGGUGUACGUGACCAAGCACGCGACGCUGCUGAGCGUGCCGGACAGCACCUUGGCGCGCAUGUUCUCGCCGCGGCGGAGCGCCCCGCGGGAGCUGCCCCGGGACAGCCGCGCGCGCUUCUUCAUCGACCGCGACGGCUUCCUCUUCAGGUACGUGCUGGAUUACCUGCGCGACAAGCAGCUGGCGCUGCCCGAGCACUUCCCGGAGAAGGAGCGGCUGCUCCGCGAAGCCGAGUACUUCCAGCUGGCCGAGCUGGUCAAGCUGCUGUCGCCCAAGGUGGCCAAGCAGAGCUCGCUCAACGACGAGGGCUGCCAGAGCGACCUGGAGGAGGCCAACUCGCCCGGCAGCGGCGAGCUCCUGGUGGCGCAGCACCAGCAGCAGCAGCGCAGCGCCGGGGAGAAGCGCGCCGGCUUCAUCACCGUGGGCUACCGCGGCUCGUACACCACGGUGCGCGAGAACCAGGCCGACGCCAAGUUCCGCCGCGUGGCGCGCAUCAUGGUGUGCGGCCGCAUCGCCCUGGCCAAGGAGAUCUUCGGCGAGACGCUCAACGAGAGCCGAGACCCGGACCGCCCGCCCGAGAAGUACACGUCGCGCUUCUACCUGAAGUUCACCUACCUGGAGCAGGCCUUCGACCGCCUCUCCGAAGCCGGCUUCCACAUGGUGGCUUGCAACUCCACCGGCACCGCCGCCUUCAUCAACCAGUACCGAGAGGACAAGAUCUGGAGCAGCUACACCGAGUACAUCUUCUACAGACCACCACAGAGGACAGUGUCUCCCAAACAAGACCAUGAAGAUAAGAAGCACGAAAAAGUUGCAGACAAAGGAAGUGAGAGUGGGACAUCCUGCAAUGAGUUGUCCACCUCUAGUUGCGACAGCCACUCUGAGGCCAGCACUCCCCAAGAAAACGCCGCCAGCACUCAGCAGUCUACAGGGCACCAGCCAAAUACUCUAACGUUGGAUCGGCCCUCUAAGAAAGGAGGGGCACAGUGGAUGCCUCCACCAGACAAACGCAGGAACAGCGAACUUUUUCAGACACUCAUUAGCAAGUCCCGAGAAACAAACCUAUCCAAAAGGAAGGUAUGUGAGAAGCUAAGUGUUGAAGAAGAGAUGAAAAAGUGUAUUCAGGAUUUUAAACAAAUCCAUAUUCCGGAUUAUUUUCCUGAACGGAAACGCCCAUGGCAAUCUGAACUGUUGCAAAAAUAUGGGCUAUAGUUUUUUCAGUAUUUUAUGACUUGUCGGUGGUGCAUUUGAUGUAUAUUAAGUUGCCAGUUUCUACUGAUGUAGUUCUUUUUGAUCUACUCAUUGGAGUGAUUCCUGCUGCUUAUUUCUUUCUGUGAACUGGAUGUUGGGUAGGACAUGGGUUGACCUUUUUUUUUCCUUUUUCAAAAAUGAAGUAAUAAAACGAAACUAAAGCAUUAUGGAUUCUUUUAUAAUAGUUUAAAACGUGCAUGAUCAGGAAAUUUUGGUUUUCAAACUUCUCAUUUGUGAAAGAAAUAUAUCAUGAGAGCAUUCAUCAUCCACAAUAGCAGUGAUACAAAAUUCCACUGGAUGAAGAAGAAUGGGGCUUAUGAUAACAGAAUUAAACAUGAACACUAUUUAAAAUGUUAAUGCAAUAAAGCAAAUGUCUAUUUUGCAUGAGCACAAUAGUUGACAAGUAGAUCACAAAAGAGCAAGAGGUUUGUCUGCUUGGAUAAAUAUUUUGUUCAAUGCCAAGACGAUCAAUGUAAAAUGUCUUUGGAAUUGAACUUUGUGAGGAUUUGUGUGUGGCUGUGUGUUCGUUUUGUAAGGAUGGUGUAAAUAUGCCUUAUACUGUUCUACGAUUGCACCAACACUCAUCUAUUAAUGUUUGUCAGGACUAUUUCUGUGAAAUGCAAAACCAGAUUGUGAAAACUGGUUUCAUGGUCUGAAAAGUUUCUGUUUUCAUGUUAGCCAACAAAGCUGGAAAAAUAAAAAAACCUAAACAUAUUUAUUAAAAGGGGCCUACUGUUAA